CUGCAGGGGCUCAACAUGUCGUCACUUCCGGUCCCACGGCGAAGAAGAGCUAACGACACAUGAUGAAACAACAUGCUAGCGAUGAUAUCAAGUCGUGUCAUAUUUAAGUUGCUCAAGUAAGAAAAGUAAAUCUUUAGCGGUGAUUCAAUCGGUGAAUCCCCCCCCCCACGUCAGACAUCUCACCGGAAGACUUGAACUUCCUCCAGGAGUCACAAUGCCUGUCCUGUGCAGCAGCUGUGGGAACAGGCGUGCCGCUCUGAAGCGUCCAAAAACGGGCCACUCGCUGUGUAAGGAGUGCUUCUUCUGGGCCUUCGAGGAGGAGGUGCAUCAGACGAUCGUGUCAGCGAAGCUCUUCAAACAUGGGGAGAGAGUCGGCAUCGCUGCCUCCGGUGGGAAAGACUCCACAGUGCUCGCACAUUUGAUGAAGCUCCUGAACGAGCGGUACAACUACGGCCUCGAGCUGAUGCUCCUGUCGGUGGACGAGGGGAUCACUGGUUACAGAGACGACUCUUUGGAGACCGUAAAGAGGAAUGAGCAGCAGUAUGAGCUGCCGCUGAAGAUUGUGUCGUAUGAGGAGCUGUACGGCUGGACGAUGGACGCUAUAGUGAAGCAGGUGGGACUGAAAAACAACUGCACCUUCUGUGGAGUAUUCAGGAGGCAGGCGCUCGACAGAGGAGCCAUCAUGCUCAAAGUGGACAAGAUAUGUACAGGUCACAAUGCCGAUGAUGUAGCAGAGACGGUUUUGAUGAACGUCUUGCGUGGGGACAUAGCUCGACUUCGCCGCUGCACCGCCAUCUCCACAUCCAGCGAGGGCGACGGAGUCGUGCCGCGCUGCAAGCCGCUCAAAUACGCAUAUGAGAAGGAGAUUGUUCUGUAUGCUUACUUUAAGAAGCUGGAUUACUUUUCCACUGAGUGUAUCUACUCUCCCAACGCCUACCGAGGCUACGCAAGGACCUUUUUAAAGGACCUGGAGAGUGUGAGGCCCAGUUCCAUCAUGGACGUCAUCCACUCAGGGGAAAACCUGUCAGUGCGGGAGGGCGUGAAGAUGCCUCAGCAGGGAACAUGUAACCGCUGUGGAUACAUCUCCAGUCAAGCUCUGUGUAAGUCCUGUGUGCUGCUGGAGGGGCUGAACCGCGGCCUGCCCAGGCUGGGCAUCGGGAAACACCACCGGCUGCAAGACAAGAUCCUCUCCCAGCAGCCGCUCACGGAGAACGAGGAGAGGAAGCUGAAAGCGGUCGACUUUUGACAAAAAUUAUCCCUUUUUUACUUGAUAGUGAAGAUAUAUCAUGAAUUUUUAGAAUAAACUGCAAGACAAGUCUAAUAAAAUCAAUUAUCUUGUUAGUGUUCAUUUAUCAUCAAUUAAAUAUUUAUUAAAAGUUUCUUUGGAAUGUUUUAAUAAAGUGGUAACACCCUUACAGUAAGGCUACAUUAAUUAUGAGUUAAAACCAGUAAUAAGCAUAAAGAUUAUUUACCUUAAUACAUUUUUUAGCGUUGAAUUUCAUCAUCAACAAUGUUAAAUCGAGACAUUUGUUAAGUUACUAAAUGCUUAUUACUGUUUUAACUUGUGUUGAUUAAUGUUCACUUUUGUAAAGUGUGAAGCUCUCAGACCCGUGAAGCAUCUUCACAGCAAACAAAGUCCAGGAUCACUGAGGUAUCAUGUGGAUCUCUCCAGUGGUUUCAGUAACUCUGUUAAUCUGAGUUGAUGUUCAGUGAAACAGAAUUGGUGCCGUUAUCCUGCAACAACAGGAGCCGGCAGAAACGCUUUAAUGUUUGUAAAAGCUUCGGUACCAAGUUCAGUCUGGGGAGGUUAUGAUGACAGUGUUGGUUAUGUUCCAAAGUGAUUAUGAUAUUAUAACUUUGAUUUAAUAAAUGUUUUGUCAUAUA